AUGAAGUUGUCUACCUUUGCUACCCUCCUUGCUCUCUCGACGGCUUUAGCAGCCGUGCUGGAACCCAGACAACAAUGCUCCACAUCGGACGCUUGUUACAGUGCCGUCUUUGGCGAUGGCAGCAUGUCAAGCGUAGUUCGGGCAGUGGAGGAUUGUGAGGACUUUCUCACUACCAGUGUGAUUUGGCACCCCAUGUACGUGAACGCACCUCUUUGA